GUGGCGCAGCAGAAUGAGCGCUGAUGCAGUAACGCAGCCGCUGCGCUUUGUGUUGCACCUCUGAGCCGCUUUACGCUCUUUUUCUCACCCUGACAUCUUUCACCAGGCACUUUACAGUCUUUACUAGCGCUCACCCACUGGAAGAGACUUAUUCUUCAUCUUCUUCAUCAUCUACUGGAGCGGGAGCGCGCGCAGAAUGAGGCGGCUGCUCGUGCUCGCGGCGGGAAUCUCAGCGCUCGCGUCGCUGUGUGUAUCAGCGCAGACGCUCGACGCAGACGCAGGCGCAGACGGAGCCGCGGAGCAGCCGAGAGCGAACCGAUCGAAGCGGCGCGGAGGCGGCCAGGACGUGCUGAAGGGGCCGAAUGUGUGUGGAUCCCGUCAUAAUGCGUACUGCUGUCCCGGAUGGAAGACCUUGACCGGAGGAAACCAGUGCAUCGUCCCUAUUUGUCGGAGCCCCUGUGGAGACGGCUUCUGCUCCAGACCCAACAUGUGCACCUGUCCGAGCGGCCAGAUCGCUCCCACCUGCGGAUCCAAAUCAGUCCAGAACUGUAACAUCCGCUGUAUGAACGGUGGGACGUGUGCGGAGGACCAGUGUCUGUGUCAGAAGGGAUUCAAUGGAGCUCACUGUGGCCAGCCUGUGUGUGAGUCGGGCUGUCUGAACGGAGGCCGGUGUGUCGCUCCGAACCGCUGUCUGUGUAACUACGGCUUCACUGGAGCUCAGUGUGAGAGAGAUUACAGGACGGGGCCGUGUUUCGCGUCGGUCAGUAACCAGAUGUGUCAGGGUCAGCUGACGGGAAUCGUCUGCACUAAGACGCUGUGCUGUGCGACGGUGGGACGGGCCUGGGGUCAUCCGUGUGAGCAGUGUCCAGCACAACCACAUCCCUGCCGCCGCGGCUUCAUUCCCAACCACCGCUCCGGGGCCUGCCAGGACGUGGACGAGUGCCAGGCCAUUCCUGGACUCUGUCAGGGGGGAAACUGUGUGAAUACCGUGGGCUCAUUUGAGUGCAAAUGCCCUGCUGGACACAAGUUCAACGAAAUCACACAGAAAUGUGAAGACGUUGACGAGUGCUCUCAUGUCCCGGGUCUGUGUGGUGGAGGUCAGUGCUCGAACACCAUCGGCAGCUUCUUCUGCAGGUGUCCAGUGGGCUUCGACACGGCGCUGGACGGCUCGCGCUGCAUCGACGCUCGGACGGGCUUCUGCUACGCUAACAUCGUGAGCGGGCGCUGUGCUAACCUGCUGCCGCAGCGCUUGUCCAAGAGUCAGUGCUGCUGUGAGAACAGAGGAUGCUGGUCCGGAUCCGCCGUCCCAGAGAUGUGUCCCAUCCGCGGAACCGAUGAGUAUCAGAGAGUCUGUCUGUAUAGUCCCACGGUUCCUGAUCCAGACCGACCAGAUCUGGUACCACUUCCUGGUCCUGGUCCGAUUCCGGGUCCUCGUCCUGGUCCUGGUCCUGGUCCUGGUCCUGGUCCGGUGUUUCCUCAUCAACCACGAGAUCCGAUACCUUUGCCGCCCACAUCUGUUGACCUUCCCUCCUUCACCAUCAAACCUAUCAUCUUGCCUCAGAACAUCACCAACAUGUGCGAUGCGUUUCGUAACCUGUGCAUCAACGGCCGCUGUGUGCCGACGCCAGGCAGCUACCGCUGCGAGUGCAACAUGGGCUACCGGCUGGACGGCCGCGGUGAAUGCAUCGAUGCGAACGAGUGUGAGCGGAGCCCCUGUGUGAAUGGGGAGUGUGUGAACACACCUGGAUCCUAUUACUGCCAGUGUCCCACAGGAUUCCAGAGCACGGCCACCAGAACCGAGUGCAGAGAUCUGGAUGAGUGUGUGGCCAACGGUCGCAUCUGUAACAACGGCCGCUGCGUCAACACCGAUGGCAGCUUCCACUGCGUGUGCAACGCUGGCUUCGAGAUCUCAGCGGACGGAAGGAACUGCCAAGACACUGAUGAGUGUGCGAAGAGGAACAUCUGUCUGAACGGCAUGUGCAUCAAUGAGGACGGCAGCUUCAAGUGCAUCUGCAAACCUGGAUACUUGUUAGAUGGUACUGGACGAUUCUGUGUGGAUGUGGACGAGUGUGAGGUUCCUGGCAUGUGUAUGAACGGUCACUGCGUCAACACCGAGGGAUCGUUCCGCUGCGAGUGUAUGCCGGGACUCGCCGUGGGGCUCGACGGACGCAUCUGUGUAGACACACACAUGCGCAGCACGUGUUACGGAGGAUACAAGCGCGGUCAGUGCGUGCGACCGUUCUUCGGCGCCGUCACAAAGUCUGAGUGCUGCUGCGCCAGUGUGGAGUACGCCUACGGAGAGCCAUGCCAGCCGUGCCCACCGCUCAACUCAGCGGAGUUUUCAGCUCUCUGCAGUCACGGCCUGGGAACCACGACUGAUGGCAGAGAUAUAAACGAGUGUGCGCUGGAUCCUGAUAUCUGUCAGAACGGUGUGUGUGAGAACAUGCUCCGAACAUACAAGUGUAACUGUAACCUGGGCUUCGAGGUGGACAUCAGCGGGAAGACCUGCGUGGAUGUGGAUGAGUGUGUGAUGAACAGACACCUGUGUGAGAACGGCCUGUGCAGAAACACACCGGGCAGCUUCACCUGCCACUGCCCCAAGGGCUUCACCUUCCAGCCCGAGACAGAGGUGUGUGAAGACGUGGACGAGUGCUCGAGUAACCCGUGUGUGAACGGCGAGUGUAAGAACAGCGCUGGUUCGUUCGCGUGUCUCUGCUCCACGGGAAGCACUCUGGACAGCUCAGGAACUCUGUGUGUGGAGACCACUAAGGGCACGUGUUGGCUGAAGGUGGUGAACGGACAGUGUGAGAUUAACAUUAACGGAGCGACGCUGAAGUCUCACUGCUGUGCUACGCUGGGGGCGGCCUGGGGCUCUCCGUGUGCCAAGUGUGAACCAGACCCGUUCUGCUCUAAAGGUUACGCACGAGUGAAGGGGACGGUCUGUGAGGAUGUGAACGAGUGUGAGGUGUUUCCCGGCGUCUGCAUCAAUGGGAAGUGUCUGAACACGGACGGCUCGUUCAUCUGUCAGUGUCCAAGUGGGAUGACGGUGGACUCCACAGGAAGGACCUGCGUCGACCUGCGUACGGAGCUGUGUUACCUCACACACGUGGACGAGCGCUGCGGCGCUCCGAUCUCAGGCCGGCACCGUGUGGACGCCUGCUGCUGCUCCGUGGGCGUGGCCUGGGGCCCGGAGUGUGACGAGUGUCCGGAGAAAGGAACGCCGGAAUACACCCAGCUCUGCCCUCGGCCCGGAUUCUCCCACCGCGGAGACUUCAUCAACGGGAAGCCCUUCCUGAAAGAUAUAAACGAGUGUAAGAUGAUCCACAGCUUGUGCACGAACGGCCGCUGCAGGAACACCGUCGGGAGCUUUCGCUGCAGGUGUGACAGCGGCUUCGCUCUGGACUCGGAUGAGAGGAACUGCACAGAUAUCGACGAGUGCCGCAUCUCUCCAGAUCUCUGCGGUCAGGGCACGUGUGUGAACACAGCCGGUGAUUUCCGCUGUGAUUGUUUCACUGGAUACGAGAGCGGCUUCAUGAUGAUGAAGAACUGCAUGGACAUCGAUGAGUGCGAGCGCAACCCUUUGCUCUGCAGAGGAGGAGAAUGCUUCAACACCGAGGGAAGCUUCCGCUGCGAGUGUCCAGAGGGCCACGAGAUCACUCCUGACGGCUCCGCCUGCCUGGAUAUCAAUGAGUGUGAGCUGAGUGACAAGCUGUGCAGGAACGGUCAGUGUGUGAACAUGAUCGGACGCUAUCAGUGCUCCUGCAACACCGGCUACAAAUCCACCGAAGACAGACUCUCGUGUGUGGAUAUCGACGAAUGCACCAUUGAGAACGGCGGCUGUGAGACGUUCUGCACCAAUUCAGAGGGAAGUUACGAGUGCAGCUGUCGCCGGGGUUACGCCCUCAUGCCUGACCUCAGGAGCUGCACAGAUAUCGAUGAGUGUGAGGACAGUCCGAACAUCUGUCACGGCGGUCAGUGCACAAACAUCCCCGGGGAGUUCCAGUGCCUGUGCUUUGACGGCUACAUGUCAUCUGAGGAUAUGAAAUCAUGUCUGGAUGUGAACGAGUGUGAGCUGAAUCCUAACAUCUGUCUGAGCGGGAAGUGUGAAAACACCAAGGGCUCGUUCAUCUGCCACUGUGACCUCGGCUUCUCUGUCAGGAAAGGGGCGACCGGCUGUACAGAUAUUAACGAGUGUGAGAUCGGCGCUCAUAACUGUGACCGACACGCGAGCUGUACGAACACCGCUGGCAGCUUCAGAUGCAGCUGCGCUCCGGGAUGGAUCGGGAACGGGAUCGAAUGCAAAGAUCUGGACGAGUGUUCUAACGGGACGCACAUGUGCAGCCCCAGCGCAGACUGCAUGAACACCAUGGGCUCCUACCGCUGCCUGUGCAAAGAGGGAUUCGCCGGAGACGGCUUCUACUGCACCGACACGGAUGAGUGUACGGAGAACGUGAAUCUGUGUGAGAACGGACACUGUCUGAACAUCGGGGGUGGAUACCGCUGUGAGUGUGACAUGGGCUUCAUCCCCACCGCAGACGGGAAGGCCUGUGAAGACAUAGAUGAGUGCACGUUUGCAGACAUCUGUGUGAACGGCCGCUGCCGCAACAUCCCGGGUCUGUUCAGAUGCCUGUGUGACUCGGGGUACGAGCUGGACCACAGCGGAGGAAACUGCACAGAUGUGAACGAGUGCAGUGACCCCACCACCUGCAUCAGCGGCCUGUGUCGGAACACACUGGGCAGUUACUUCUGCAGCUGUCCGCCAGGCUUCGAGCUCAACCCCACCGGAGUCGGCUGCGUCGACACUCGCUCUGGAGACUGCUAUCUGGAGGUGCGACGCCGGGGCGAUGGCUCUGACAGUCUGUUCUGCUCGACUGAGAUCGGGGUGGGCGUGUCCAAAGCGUCCUGCUGCUGCUCUCUGGGUCUCGCCUGGGGGUCACCCUGUGAGGCCUGUCCGUCGCUCAACACCACGGAGUACAGGGCUCUGUGUCCUGGAGGAGAAGGAUUCCGACCCAAUCCCAUCACCGUGAUACUGGAGGAUAUCAACGAGUGUCAGGAGCUGCCCGGUCUGUGUCAGGGAGGACACUGCAUCAACACGUUUGGCAGCUUUCACUGUGAAUGUCCGAAAGGUUUUGCCCUCAACGAAGAAACCAGGAUCUGUGAAGAUGUGAAUGAGUGUGAGCGUCCUGGCAUCUGUGGUUUGGGUCAGUGUUACAACACCAUCGGGAACUACACCUGCAUCUGUCCUCCGGAGUACAUGCAGAUCAACGGAGGAAACAACUGCAUGGACAUGAGGAAGAGCUUGUGCUACAGUAACUACUACUCUGAUAACGCCACAUGUGAUGGAGAGCUGACCUACAACAUGACCAAGAAGUUCUGCUGCUGCUCGUAUAACAUCGGCCGAGCCUGGAACAAACCCUGCGAGAAGUGUCCCGUCCCCGGCACCAAUGAGUUCGCUGUGCUGUGUGGAAGUGAGAUACCUGGAUAUUUCAUUGACAUCUACACCGGACGAGUCAUUGACAUCGACGAGUGCCGUGAGAUUCCCGGUAUGUGUGACAACGGUGUAUGUAUCAACAUGAUAGGCAGUUUCCGCUGUGAAUGUCCGAUGGGUUUCGUCUACAAUUACAAGCUGCUGAAUUGUGAGGACAUCGACGAGUGUCAGAACGGCCCGGUGUGUCAGCAGAACGCCGUCUGUCUGAACGUUCCCGGAAGUUUCCGAUGCCAGUGUAAUCCUGGAUACCGGCUAACUCCCACCCAGCAGUGUGUCGAUCGUAACGAGUGUGUUGAGAACCCAAACAUCUGCAGUCCGGGUCAGUGUAUUGACAUGGUGGGGAGUUACCGCUGCCACUGCCCCAACGGCUUCAGAUCCACACCAGACCUGUGUAUCGAUGUGGACGAGUGUGAGCGUCAGCCGUGUGGAAACGGAACCUGCAAGAACACUGUGGGCUCCUACAACUGUCUGUGUUACCCAGGAUUCCAGCUGUCACACAACAACGACUGCAUCGACACAGAUGAGUGUGUGUCGCUCCGGGGCUUGUGUCGGAACGGAAACUGCAUCAACACGGUGGGCUCGUUUGUGUGUGUGUGUCUGGACGGGUAUAAACUCUCUCCUGAUGGCCGGACGUGUGUGGACAUCAACGAGUGUUUGAUCAGCCCUGGCACCUGCGGCCCAGGAACCUGUCAGAAUCUGGACGGCUCGUACAGGUGCAUCUGUCCUCCUGGAUACUUCCUGCAGAACGACAGGUGUGAAGACAUCAACGAAUGCUCUCAGAUGGCAGAGAUCUGCAUCUUUGGCAAGUGUGUGAACACGCCGGGCAGCUUCAGGUGCGAUUGUCCGGAGGGAUUCCAGCUGUCCUCGACCGGAAAGAGAUGUGUGGAUAUUCGUGUGAAUUACUGUUACACUAAGUUUGAGAACGGACGCUGUCAGGCUCCGGAGCCCUUCAACACAACGAAAGCCUCCUGCUGCUGCAGCGUGAUGCCGGGUCAGGGAUGGGGCGACCCCUGUGAGAUCUGCCCCUCUAAGGAGGAGGAGGCGUACAAAGUCCUGUGUCCUGCUUCUGGUAAAAUGUUCACUAUAGACGAGACGACUGUGGAUGUGGACGAGUGUUCAGAGAACCCCGGGAUCUGCAGGAACGGCCACUGCAUCAACACAGACGGCACGUUCCGCUGCGAAUGCCCCUUCGGAUACCGGCUCGACUACAAGGGCAUCCAAUGUGAAGACACGAACGAGUGUGAGCUGGGGAACCCGUGUGGGAACGGCACCUGCACAAAUGUGGAAGGAGCGUUUGAGUGCAGCUGUGACGAGGGGUUCGAGCCCGGACCCAUGAUGACCUGUGAAGAUAUCAACGAGUGUUCCCAGAAUCCUCUGCUGUGUGCGUUCCGCUGUGUCAACACGGUGGGAUCGUACGAAUGCAAAUGUCCAGCGGGAUACGUGCUGAGGGAAGACCGCCGGAUGUGCAAAGAUCAGAACGAGUGUGAGGAGCGUCUGGACGACUGUGCGUCCAGAGGAAUGACCUGUAAGAAUCUGAUCGGCACGUACAUGUGCAUCUGCUCGCCGGGAUACACCAGACAGCCCAACGGAGACAGCUGCGUGGAUCUGAAUGAAUGCACGGCUAAACCAGGCAUCUGUGUGAACGGCCGCUGUGAGAACACGGUGGGCAGUUACCGCUGCGUCUGCGAUCAGGGCUUCAGUCCCAGUCCCAGCAGAACCGAGUGCAUCGAUAACCGUCAGGGCUUCUGCUUCCUGGAGGUUCUGCAGACCAUGUGUCAGAUGAGUUCCAGCAGUCGAGUCAGUGUCAGGAAGUCCGAGUGCUGUUGUGACGGGGGCCGCGGCUGGGGGCCCAACUGUGAGCUCUGCCCGCUGCCCGGGACCACGCAGUACAAGAAGAUGUGCCCGCUGGGCCCCGGAUACACCACCGACGGACAGGAUAUCGACGAGUGUAAGGUGAUGGGGAACCUGUGUAAGAACGGACAGUGUCUGAACACACUGGGCUCCUUCAGCUGCAUCUGUAAACCCGGAUACACCACUGACCUCAGCAGCACACAGUGUGUAGAUGUGGACGAGUGUGUUCAGGCUCCUAAACCCUGUAACUUCAUCUGUAAGAACACGGAGGGCGGGUAUCUGUGCUCCUGCCCGCGAGGAUACGUGCUGCAGGACGAUGCCAAGAGCUGCCGGGAUCUGGAUGAAUGCUCCACCAAACAACACAACUGUCAGUUCCUGUGUGUCAACACCAUCGGAGGAUUCACCUGCAAAUGCCCACCAGGAUUCACACAACACCACACGGCCUGCAUCGAUAAAAACGAGUGCAACACUGAACCGGGUCUCUGCGGUCCGAACGGAGUGUGUCAGAACAGCCCCGGCAGCUUCAACUGUGAGUGUCAGAGAGGAUUCUCCCUCGACCCCAACGGACAGCACUGUGAAGACAUGGACGAGUGUGUGGGGAAUCAUCGCUGUCAGCACGGCUGUCAGAAUCUGGUGGGCGGCUACAGAUGCAGCUGUCCGCAGGGAUACCUCCAGCACUACCAGUGGAACCAGUGCGUCGAUGAGAACGAGUGCCAGAACAGUCAGAUAUGUGGCGGCGCCUCGUGUCACAACACGCUGGGCAGUUUCCGCUGUCUGUGUCCGACGGGCUUCUCCUUCGAGCAGCUGACCGGAGGCUGUCAGGACGUCAACGAGUGCAGCUCAUCACAGAACCCCUGCAGCUUCGGCUGCUCCAACACCGACGGAGGAUACCUGUGCGGCUGCCCACCUGGAUACCUGCGCGCGGGACAGGGGCACUGUCUGUCCGGUGCGGGGCUGUCUCCCGGUGGAUCUCCUCUGUCUCCCGCCGCUGAUGGAGAUGAGAACGCUCUCUCUCCCGAAGCCUGCUACGAGUGUAAGAUCAACGGCUAUCCGAAGAAGGGCCGCAAACGCAGGAACGCCAACGGAACCGAGGAGCUGCAGAACGAUCUGGACUGGGUCAGUCUGGCCAGUGUAGAUGUGGACCACACACUGCAGCUGCGUCUGAACAUCAGCACACUGAAGAGCAAAGACCACAUCAUCGACUUCCUGCCGGCGCUGUCCACGCUCGCUAACCACGUGCGCUACACCAUCGACUACGGCAACGACGACGGUCUGUUCCGCAUGAACCAGAAGGACGGCGUCAGCUACCUGCACAUAUCCAAGAAGAAAGCUCUGCAGCCGGGAGCGUAUUAUUUACAAAUCCACAGCGUGCCGCAGAACGGCGGCCCAGAGCGGCCCGUCACAGACUACCUCAGCGGGCAGCGAGGAGACGCUCUGAACAUCAGCGUCCAGAUCGUCCUGCACUGACGGACACUCGGAGAGACCGCAGCAGCCUCGCCCAAAGAGCAGCACGCACCGCAUCAUACGCUCACAUCACACAUCACUGGGGUUGGGCAUCGUCUGAAUCCUAUCAAUUCCCAUUCUGCUCAUCGAUUCACACUUUCCAAUCCAACGUGGUUAAAAAAAUCAAGUCAAACAUUUCGUUGCCUUGCAGUUAUAAGGUUCUGUCCGCAGUUUUGAGAUAUUGAGCUCCAUAGACUUCUGUAGAUAGAACCCUUUAUCUUUUAUAGGCCUGAAAUGUACACGGCUUACAAAAGAAAACAUCACAUAUUGUAAAUAAGUUUAGGAAUAUGUGAAAAAUGUCGGAUAGAACCUUAUAAUUCCGAGGCGACGAUUUAGAUAUCAAACUUAUUUAUUAUUCUGUGUCUCGUUUUGCAAAACAUUUAAUUGCUGCUAAAAAACCAUAAACAAAAAUCAUAAAAACUCGUUUUGUGUGCAAAAAAAGAGCUGAUUCUCGAUAAAUUGAGACCUUUUUAUAUUUAAAUGCAGGUUGUUGUUCUGAAAAACAAAUAUUAGACAGCUACCCAAAAUCUCAUGGAAUCUUUGAAAGGAAUGAUUCAGUGACUCACUCAAGAUUCACUUGUUUUUGAAUGAAUCUCUUGAAUAAAUUAUUCAAAGACAAAUCAAUUUUUAAAAGCCCCUUUUCGCCAGCUAAAAAUAAAAGAUGCGUACACAGGAAUGGAUUUUAGAUCAAAUAUUCGAUUCUUGAAUUGGAAUUGAUUUUCGAUCCCCAACCCUACAUAUAACACACCGCCGCCGCGGAGGAACGGACGCAAGGGUUCACGCUCUGGCUCAGUCUAUCGUAUCUUACCGGUGCUAGUCACGCCGUCUGCGGCUGCCCGACACUAGCCUUCUCUACUCUGCAACUAUUCUAACGGGGUUCCUGCGGCUCUUACGAAGAUCAGGAGAAUAAAUCGAAUGGAGCACAUCAGUACGCUCCCGGAAUAUAAAUCCAGAGUUUGAAAAAGCACCAAUUCCAAAAGAUCUCCAUUAUAUUUUAAUUCAUUAUACAAAACAGAAACAGCGUACAGUAUGUUUUGGAUAUCUGUUCUCAGAAACACUAGGAUAUGUAAAUAACUGUUACUGUAUCUACUGAUCACACUGCGAAAACAGCUCUUCCUCCUCUAUAUAUUUUUUUUUUCAGUGCAAAUGUCUCAAGAUUCUGAAAUUAAUUUACAUUUACUGGAGAAGCAAAGUGAAAGUAACACGUUACGUAAUCAAAUACAUUUCAGGUAUCUUGUAAUGUUAUAUAUUUUACAUUUAGAAAUAAAGCAAGUGAAAACUUGAUGGAAAACUUUGUUUAUAUCGCCAACUACUGGUCAGGCGUGAAUAAUACAGCAGUUUGCAGUCAUUUUUAACGGAUCUGUGCGAAUGGGAUCAUUUUGGCACUGUUUAGACUGCUCAAAAACGCGGUGAAAAAAAAAGUCAAAUGGAAAAGUAAUUUUGGUUUCUCAGGAGCUCUGUUUUCAUCUAAAGAUUCAAAUUUAACAAAUGCGGGAAUAUUGAAUAAAGCGAAUAACUGUUUCAAUCCCACGUGUUCAAAACAAAAAGUCUUCCCUUCCACUUCACUCAGAAAAUAUCAAGAAUAAAAAUGAAAGUUGUUGCAACGGGACACAUGUGGCUUUUUCCCUAAAUAAUAAAUGGCUUAGAGUAAAACGCAGUAUCAGACAGUCAUGUGAUCUUGUAUUCAGAUGCCUGACGUUUGGAAAUGUAAUUGUUUGAGAGUUAUGGAGGUGAUUAUAUCAAAUAAUUUUGACGGCUCCUGCAUUUCAUAAUUAUUAUUAUUAAAAAGAUAGUCCCGGUCCUUGAUUCUGAUUGGUUGAGCUGCAUUCAAAGGUGUUUUAAAUUAUGCUACAAAGUAACAUACAGCUUUGUUUAUGUUUGUGUGUUGCUCGGCAACCACUUUGUUGCAACCACAACUGAUUCUGAGGAGCUAAAUUGUUUGGUGGAAGAGUACUGUUUUUAUUAAUAUCAUUACACCGUUUUACUUUGUGAAACCUUACUCCGUAUAUGGAAUAAACGUUGUGUAAAACAUGGUCUGUAGAGGCAAAGUCACAUGACUUUUUUGUUGCACAUUAAGGAAUUUAUUGCCUGUUUCCAUUGUAGUUUACGUGCACGUCUUUUUUUAAUGCCCUUUUAAGAUUUUAUGCACAUCUUGGCAUUUUCAUCUAGUUGAAGCUUUAUGUUUUCUCACGUGUUCAUUUUGCAUCUCCAGUAAAUGUAUCUUGAUUUAAACAUGUUUAGAUAAUUGCACUUGGAAGCCGAGACGGAAAUACAGAGGAAGAGAUUUAUUUUUUUGCAGUACAUGCCACAUUUAUGAAUUCAAGAUUUUUUCUCUGAUUUCAGACAUUUUUGUGUAAGAGCGCAUCCAGAUCUUUGUAAGCCCCGCAGAAACCCCGUCCAUGUAAUUUAAGUGUGUCUAUACUGUAACCGUGUCACUUUUUUACUCGCGAGCGCAUUUGUAAACUAGAGGACCCCUGGAACGGAGGGGUUUGUAAUGGUGCUUCUUAUAAUGACCAACUACUUGUAAAGUGUGUUUCUGUGACUCGAUCAUAUGCACUGAGGUCUGACGGCCACACACACCUCCACACACACACCUGUGGCCUCCGCCGCCUCUGCCGUCUGUUCGUGAGGGGGUUAGAUGAUGUACAUUCACAAUAAAAACAUAUUUUUGGUUGUACGGGCGACUCGAGCGCUGGCCUUCUUUCAGAGCGACCUCUGAACUCCAUCGGCUCUCAGAAUCACUCCGUUCUCGCUCGGUGCCUCGUGGAGAAAUAACAGUUCAUUCCAGAGUUCAUUACUGAGCAGUCGUAUCCUCAUGAUUAUACAUGUAUUGGUUAUACUGUGGGAUUCUCAAAACCCUGUAAAGCCUGACAAUUAAUAGUCAAAAAAUGGUUGAUUAGACAAAAUAUAUUACAGGAAAGUUUGUUUUUAUGAGUUUAACAUAAUCUAUCAGGCAUCUAGGGCUCAUAUAGUGAGAAGAUGAGGCAAAAACAGACUCAAACUGAGCAAAAAUAUGAAUUUGCUGCAGAUGCUGAUAUUAAAUCACUGAGAUCUUUAUUACAGUGCGCCACACAUAGGGGGCGCCAGUCAUUCUGUAAAAGCCUUCUUUAAUAAACGUUAUAAAUAAUCAAGCUUAGUUGUUAAGAAUUAUGUAAUGAAAUAUUUUUAGCAUUUUUAAUGAGCACAAAAAUAUAUUUAUUAUAAACUGAGUACAUAUGAGCUGUAUGUAACAUGACCAACAUGAAUGUUGAAAGAUGAAGGGGAAAGAUAAACAUGAGAAUGAAGACAGCAAUGUCUGAGUGAACCAAGAGAAAUAGGUGCGCUUAUCUUAUUCUUUCUUUCUUCUUCAUUGUGAGUCAUUAAGUCAUUAAACAUUUGUUCCCUAA